UCACUGCACAGCGCCGCCAGAUCCGGGCACCGUGCAAAGGCCCCGCUUUUUUCCCCCCUCCCGGAGGCAGGCGGCGGGUAGAGGGGCCACAGUUUUUGGCCGAGAGGGUGCAAGGCAAAAGCCUAGUUGGAGUGGAGGCUGGUGUGCGAAUCGCCGCGGGAGAAGCGCGGUAGGAACGAGUCUCAGGAGUAAAAGGGAAGCAAUGCAGAAAUCAGAGUGCCAAGAAGGUGUACAGUUGAGAAGCAGAGUGACAGGUAACUGUGAUCAGAGGACAUCAUCAAGGACACAAAUUAAACAUAGGACUACAGCUGAACGCAGCAAAUCCUCAUCAUCUGUCGGUUCCCCAGAGUCUGCAAGAAAACUUCUUCCUCGACCAAGUGAUAAACUUAACCCUAAAACAAUUAACCCUUUCGGUGAACAGUCGCGAGCCCCCUCUGCCUUUGCAGCCAUUUACUCUAAAGGAGGUAUUCCUUGCAGAUUGGUCCAUGGUUCCGUAAAACACAGAUUGCAGUGGGAAUGUGCUCCUGAAAAUCUUCCAUUUGAUCCUCUUCUUAUUACUUUAGCUGAGGGUCUGAGAGAAACUAAACAUCCAUACACCUUUGUGUCAAAGGAAGGCUUUAGAGAAUUACUUUUGGUCCAAGGGGCUCCUGAAAAAGCUGUGCCGCUGCUUCCUAGACUGAUCCCUGUGCUAAAGGCAGCUCUGGUCCACGUGGAUGAUGAAGUGUUUGAAAGAGGACUGAACGCUCUGGUGCAGUUAAGUGUCAUUGUUGGUCCUUCUCUAAAUGACCACCUGAAACAUCUGCUUACAAGUCUGUCCAAGAGACUGAGAGAUAAGAAAUUCAAAGAGCCAAUCACCAGCGCGUUACAAAAGCUAGAGCAACAUGGUGGAAGUGGAAGCCUAAUCAUCAUCAAAUCUAAAAUCCCAACAUACUGCUCCAUAAGCGGUUGAGAAUAGAGCCAGCAAAAAUCUUACUACCUGGUGACAAGUAUUAAAUGCUGACCAUGUGCACGUAUGGGACCUUUUCAGACUCAACUUCAUUUUAUUCUUUUGUAAAUCAGAGCCACCAUUCAUAUGUAUGAGUUGAAGUUGGGUAUACACAAUUCCACUGAAUCAUAGUUAAAGUUAUUCAUUAACAAAAAAGUGGUUAAUCAUGAAAUCUAUUUAAGAAGUUCUACAAUAGUACAAUUCUGUGGGGUUUACUUUCAUACUUUCAUGGUUUGGGUGAACAGCAACAGUUGGGUUUAUGCCAGAUACGUUUAUAUUUAUUUUUUGGUGACUUUUAUUUAUAACAUACCUUUUGCAAUCGAUUUGUAGCUCUGCACUUUUUUUUUAGACAUUCUGCUAUUUCUUGGGU